GGAGGGGUGGAGGUGCGGCUGUUACCCACAGAUGUGUAAUAGUUGGGGAGCAGCACGACUGUACUGAUAAGCCGGUCCGUGUAUCAGGGGGCUGCACAUUUAGCAAGCGACAAUGACACGGACUUUGCCUUUACCUGACACUGCCGGGUAGGUGGUUCCGUGUGUUCAGCUGGAAGCUUGAUGUUGAGCCAGUUGUCCGUCACACACUGCAGUCUGUGAAACCUGUAUGAGACGUCAGGAUGGAUGGACACCAACAGCUGACGGUGGAUGUCGUACAGUCCCGCCUGCGGCGCUUCGACCUCCGGCAAGACGGACGCUUGUCGGCCAUGUUUCCUAGCAACCAGUACCCCCACAUACGCCGCUGCGCCACGCUAGUGCCGCUCUUCUUCACGCCACACGACCACGAGCUGCACGUGCUGCUGACGCAACGCGCCGCCACACUCAGAACUCACGCCUCCAGCGUGGCAUUUCCCGGGGGCGUGCAGGAUCCUGAUGAUGAAGACGACACCCACACAGCGCUGCGCGAGGCGCAUGAGGAGAUCGGGCUGCAGCCCAGUGACGUCACUGUGGUGGCCUUGUUGCCGCCUACCUUCGUCAGGCCGUUGAGCGCCGUGUACCCUGUGGUUGGCUUCAUCCCCGCCGACUUCCAGCCUGUCCCCAACCCUCACGAGGUGGCGCGCGUCUUCAGUGUGCCGCUCAGACUCUUCGUGGAGGCAGAGGUCGCCUUCCUCCCUUUCAGUGUGGAAGGACUGGAGUUCCGUAGUCCGGUACUGAUAUACCCGGUGCAGCCGGACUGGCAGGCUCGCAUUUGGGGAAUGACGUGUAGCACGUGCAUGCUGGUGGCCCGGGCUGUGUACGGGAGCAGGGCGGGGCCGGGCUUAUUAACCUCCAGCGACCACCCGGGGCCAGAGGACGAGGAGGACGUCUUCCGAAACGCACAAACGGCGUACCAUGCUCUGUGUCAGGCCACCCGUCCGCACAGCAGGCUGUGACUUUACUGGUGUGUGUGUGUGAGAGAGAGAUGUUUGGGAUGUGUGCGUUUAUUUCGUGUUAACUGGAAAUUAUUAUCGAAGAGAGUUGAUAUAAAAAAAAGUAGGUGGUGUGAAAUGAGCUAACACGUGUACCUCGGUCACAAACAUUAGUCUUUCAGCAUGCUACACGGGUGAACACUUUGCUUGAUAUAGUAGUUACAGUGACACAGGCUAACACUGCGUGAUAUAACAAUUACAGUGACACGGACUAACAAUCUGCAUGAGAGAAUAGUUACAGCGAAUAAUGUACAUAUAAGAAGAAAACAGGCAGACGGGCUUAGAGGGAUUGUAGAUUCAAAUCAAAUCAAACUUUGUCCGAGGAAUUCCAAGAAAAAUUGUCUUUUGCUCACAAACCCAACCACAUAUACAAGCAUAAUAUGAAUAUAUGUAUAUACAGUAUAAUGGGCAGACAAUUCAUAUGAUAAAACAUCAAAUCUCAGCGAAGAAAUGGCACCGCGCAAUUCAUGAAACCACGAAUAUCCUUGGACUGCCGGCAGACAAUUUUUUUUCCAGUUAACAUCUAAAAUGAGGCAUUAGACAACAUAAUUUCCGGUUUAUUCACAUUUCAGAUUAACUACUAAAACAAGGCAUUAGACGUCAUAGCUUCCGGUUCAUUCACAUUCUUUGUUACGGCUCCCCGAGACUAACAGUGGAUCACUUCGCAAGAGGUCAAGAGUGAGUCUUGGCAUGCAGACUAUCAGUCUAUCAAUACACGUCCAUGAUGAAACUUCAUCUGCGUUGACAGAACACAGACUAUAGAAACUGUCGACUCCGCAGUGAGCAGUGCUGACAGGUCUGGUGUGUGGAAGUGUAGAGCCGGACAUCCGUAUAUAUCUAGUGCUAUGCGGAAGCAUAAAAUUCACUCCUUUCAUACCUCUAUUUAUUUUAGUAGAAACCAAAAAAGUUUCAAAGUAACCUUUAUAUGCUUUGAGAAUAUUGUCUCGUAUUUGUGUGUUUUCAUGUUACAGAGAUGGUUUUGUCACCAAUCUAACUUUCAGAUUCGUGCUUCAUUUUCAAUAGUACCACUACUGAUUUUAGUUAGAAUGAAGGGUGCUAGAAAUGUAUCCAAUUUUCAUCUAUGCCUCAAUGGAUCACUGAAUUUGUGAUUGUAUUUCGAAUAUAUAAGCUGUGUUCCGGAAGUAAGCGAUAUUUUAUUUUGAUUGUUUUAGUGUUCAGGAAAUUCCUAUUAAACAAAUUUAUGCUCAAAAGUAUUUGAUUAUUCUGUAUACUUGUAAUAAAUCAUUGCCUUUA